AGGCCAGGGCUGAGACACAGCCUUAUAGGUGGAGCAAGCAGACUGGAAAGGAGGCCAGAUACAAGCAAAGCUUUAGGAGAAGGUGAGAGAGACAGUGAGUGCGCCAGGCCCAAUGGCUACCUUGUCACCAGUGGCCGGCCCCUCUCAGGAUCCCCUGGACCCAGAGGAGGAGGAAGCCAGCCUGGACGAGUACGACCAGUACAGCCUGGCCCAUGCCUACAUGGCCGGUGGAGGCAGGAAAGGUCGCACCAAGAGAGAAGCUGCUGCCAACACCAACCGCCCCUGCCCUGGCGGGCACGAAAGGAAGCUGGUGACCAAGUUCCAGAACUCAGAGAGGAAGAAGAUCCGGCGCUGAGGCAGAGCUAGAAAGAAACUGGGGCCACAGGGGAUUGGAUUCUUCUCUGGAGUUGUAGAACAAAAUGAGUAGGAGAGGCAGAAUUGGAACCCGGGGCUCUUGCCGUUUCACCACUUGCUUACCCUACCCCCAGCUGAGACCAGACCAUGGACACCCCACCCAGCAAUGGAGACAGGACUGCAGAGGAACUGGGACCCAGGGCCAGGAUCCAGACCUGCUUGCCCCUCUCCCCAGGACUCUCUCCCACCCCACCCCCGUGAGGCUCCAGGGAGGCCAAGAAAGCACCUCCAGGCCCAGCGAAAGGGCAGCUAGGAGCAAGAGGCACAGACUGGAUAGGUAGUCAGGAAGAUUCUCCCAAAAAGAAAGCCAAAGAAACUGGAGCCCCCGAGCCCAUCCCCCCAGGGUGACAGUG